AUGCCACUCAAGAAUGCGCAGAGACCGCAGGUAGCAGUUGUUCUUGUGGAUUGUUUGAUACAUCGAGGAUCCCGGCAUUUGUGGAUCUUGCUGUGGCUCGGCGUUCUUCUCAGUGUCAACGAGGCAGUUGUGAAGAAGAUCGUAGCAGAGCCUAGACCUGGCAGUAUGAUGGAGCUCCGUGGGCAAAAUGGACUGCUUGAAGGUUCCUGUGUGGAGACAUGUGGCAUGCCGUCGAGCCAUUCUGCCAUCUCAAUGGGUUGGUUCCUUCUGUCUGUUCUUGAUGCCAUGAGCCGGACGAACUUGAGAAGGGAUCAGAUUGAUUUGCGGACAUUUGGAGGUGACCCGCUGGUGGCAGAACAGCGCAAGUGGGGAGCCUUUAUCAAGAAUUUUUGCUCAACACCUUGGAUUGAGAGGACAGACCUCAGUGCCAGGGAAUGUAUUUCAAUUGUAGUCUAUUGGUUCUUGAUCAUGGUGCCAGUGCCCUUCAUGAGGGUAGUCUUGCGUGAUCACACGGAGAGUCAGGUCGUUGCUGGCAGCUGUCUUGGCGUAGCGCUCGCCAUGGUUUGGUGGCGAGGGUUGCGAGUGCUUGAAAGCAGGUAUCACACAUCAUUCCGGGGGCAUCAAUCAGCCCGUUCGCAGCCACCCAGGCCCAGCUCUGAGGUGGAAAUGGGUGUGCCCUGA